CUGGCAUUGGUGAUGCGGGAGAAUUUUUCUAUAAUGCUUUCUUUUCCAUUUUAAACUGCAUAGCUCAGAAUAGAUUGAUGGUUUAUAGACCUUUAUAACUCACAGACGAAUGGGAAUAGGAAGGUAAUGGGAAGUGGUCCAGCCGGAUGUUGGGGAUGAUGCGCAUCCCCUGACAGGAUGCAUUCCUAUGUUGUUACAUUGUAACUACGCUGAUCUUGGAGCAACGUUUUCUUCAGGAACCCAAACUAUUAGCAGUUCUUCUGAAACAGUGGGAAAUCCGUUUGCGUGUGAGCCGCUGCUGCUGUGUGCAUACGGUAACUCGUGCUGGUCCCUCAGGUGAAGAUGAGACGGAGAUAUAUCUGUGGCUACACGACCUGAACGAAAAGGGUUGGUGCUUCACUGUUGUCGCAGGACAUGGAAUUCAACGCUGGAGCCAGGUCUGCCAGACACCACAGAAUGCGUUCCCGUAGCUCGGACAGAUCCAACACCGUGAAGCGUGCAUCAGUUGCAAGAGACAGCAUAAUUGAGGACAUCCUUGUUCCAACCAAAAGCACGCACCUCUCAGUCACUCGGGAACAGAAUGAACAUUUCAGGCAUUAUAGCUGGACUCCAGACACAGUGAACCAUGCACAGAACACCCUGUCCAGUCCCAUCCACUCAGGGUUCCUGGUGAGCUUCAUGGUGGAUGCCAGAGGUGGCUCUAUGAGAGGAAGUCGUCAUAAUGGCAUGCGCAUUAUCAUCCCACCCAGGAGGUGUCCAGCACCAACACGAGUCACAUGUCGUUUGUCAAAGCGCCAAUGCCUGCCAUAUCCAUCCCCCAUGUUGGAGGGUGAGGGGCUUGUUAGCAGGCUAGUAGAAGUGGGACCAGUUGGAGCACAUUUUUUGGGGUCAGUCAUUGUGGAGAUCCCACAUUUUGGCUCAAUGCGUGAAAAGGAACGUGAGUUGAUUGUACUACGCAGUGAUAAUGGUGAAACAUGGAAAGAGCAUCACUAUGACUGCCGUCCAGAAGAUAUCUUUGCUCUGCUGAAUGGCAUGGAUGAAGAGCUGGAUAGCCCUGCUGAGCUGGAAAAGAAGAAUAUUUGCCGCAUUAUUACUAAGGACUUCCCACAAUACUUUGCAGUUGUGUCUCGAAUUAAACAAGAGAGAGAAUACAUUGGUCCUGAAGGUGGAGUGUUAAUUAGUGAAUCUGUUCCAAUGGUGAGGGCAGCCUUUCCUCCUGGGGCACUCACCAAGAAGAUACGUGUCGGCUUACAGGCUCAGCCAGUGGCAGAGGAAAUUGUGCAUAGUGUGAUAGAUAACCAAGCCUCAUUCAGCCCCAUUGUAAUCGUAGAACCCAGGAGGAGGAAGUUUCAUAAGCCUAUUACCAUAACAAUUCCUGUCCCACCCAGAGCUAGGGAGGUUACAGCUAAAAGACGCAAAGGAGAUCCUGUUCCCUGCUUGAGACUGCUCUGCAGCAUUACAGGUGGCACUUCUCCAGCUCAGUGGGAGGAUAUCACUGGCUCUACUCCACUCUCCUUUGUCACUGACUGUGUCUCAUUCACCACAAAUGUUUCAGCCAGAUUCUGGAUUGUAGACUGUCAGCAAGUGAGUGAGACAGUUGCACUGGCAACCCCGGUUUACAAAGAAUUGAUUUGUGUGCCAUACCUUGCCAAAUUUGUGGUGUUUGCGAAGCCCAUUGACAAAGCAGAGGCACAACUGCGUUGCUUCUGUAUUACUGACGAUAAGGUGGACAAAACACUCGAGCAGCAGGAAAACUUUGAAGAAGUGGCUAGAAGCAAAGAUAUUGAGGUUUCAGAAGGAAAACCCAUCUAUGUGCAUUGCUAUGGCAAUCUGUCUCCUGUCAGCAAGACCAGCCAGCAGCUUGUUUUUACCUUCUAUGCCUUCAAAGAGAACCGUCUACCUUUUAGUGUUAAGGUGUGGGACAUGGAUCAGGAGCCAUAUGGAAGACUCUCAUUUAUGAAGGAGCUGAAGACUACUAAAAGCCUUCCACAGAGUGUUAUCUGCAACCUUAAAUUCAUACUGCCAGCACACAAGAAGAAGAUGGUGACGGAACCUGAUAAUGUGAAUGACAGAGAACGUCAUAUCACUGCUUCAUUAGCAUUACGACAGCGUUUCAGCUGUUUAUCUGAUCCCACAUCCAAAAAGAACAAAAGAGGAAACACUGCUGUGAAAACCACAUCACAGACUUUUGGCUACGCCUACAAACCUGCUUUAUUGAAACACCAGUACCAGGGUUGGGUAACCAGUCCAGCUACUAGUAGUGCCAGUGGCCAAGUGAAGUCAGGAUUUGCCUCUCUUUCUAGCUCAUCCUCCAACACUCCAUCUGCCUCACCACUGAGAUCUAUGUUGUCAGAAAACUCUCAAUCUCCCAUCAGAUCAGUCAUUACAGGCUCGAUUACCCCUUCUGUCAAGGCUGUCAGUGAAGUUGCAUUACCAAUACAAUCCUACAAAGUUGUUUCCCCACAAAAGACAGUGGAGCAACAGACUGAGUUCCCAGUUCAGGCACCUCUGACCUUUUUGUCAUCUCCAGUGAAAAAUGUCCCAGAAUCUCUCACUGUAAAAUCCACACCAUCCCUUUCAGGCAGAACAACUUCCCUUUCAGUUGGGGACUCAAUACAGGAGAAAUCCUCCACUACAUUGACUCCACCCGCCUCACCUAAGUCCUCUCUUUACAUUCAUACCUCAAAUGUUUCCAAUAAAUCUGUUAAUGCUUUAAAUGCUUCAGUGACUGCUUCUCCCAGUAAAACAUUCCCAGGGCACACCACAAUUAAAACUGUAACUGAUACAUCCAGCUCUCAAACCUCUCCAACUAAAUAUCACUCCCCCACAACUAUUUUUGUUCUGUCUGGCAGCCUUCAAGAGAGGAUACAGGCUACAACAAUUGCUGCCACAACCAGUGUCAAUGCUGCUUUUGAUGAAGUAGAGAGGACACUAACUUCCUGCUCGGCAGACCAUGAAAAACUCAAGGCUGUCUCGUCCUUUUCACCCCCCACAUAUCAGUCUAGCCGAUCUUCAGGUUCCAUGUAUGACUCUCUUAGAUUUCCCCCCAAAUCCACAACUUCUGUCAACUAUACUACAGUGGCAAUGCCUGUUUAUUCAUCAAGAAAUGUUAUGCCAGAACAGCAAUUUAAAAAGCUUCCUGACAUAUCCAAAUCAACAGCAGCCUUCUUGUCCCCCAAAAAAGUUAUGGACUCAAAGUCUAAUGCCCAAACACAGUCUGCCUCUGCCAGAAUUCUCUCUUCUGAUAAAACUCUGUCAAACAGACAGGAGAUACUGAAGGAUGUGCAUGAAAUGAAGGAAGAUUUAAUUCGAAUCUCUGCGAUUUUGCAAAAUGAUACAUGUUCGAUUUCCAAAGGUUUCCAGUCUAACUCACAUAAGGAACAUGUGAUAGAAAAUGAGGAACCAUACAAGAUUAUGGAAAAGGUCAAACAAGACUUAGUUAAGGUUAGUAAGAUACUAACCAAUGACUUUUUAAAGGAGGGUAAAAAAUACAAAAAAAGUAGCAAGACUGAAGAUUUUGAGGAUGACAUUGAUAACCAACAUAAUGGAUGGAGGUGUCCCCCUCGAUAUGAGACAGUUGCACCUCAGGUCAAAAACAAAGUUAUGACUGACAGAGACUUUAAUUUGGCAAAUGUGGUUGACUAUUUAACCAAUGACACAGGAACAUAUCCUUUAUCCAAAACUGUUACUACAACACAGAGAAAUGAAGAGACCAGGAGAGAGAAGAAGGAAAAAGUUAAACGUGUCUUAAAACCUGCUAUGGCAGUUCAAGAACGCAAGCUCAAAAUGUCUCCACAGACAAUGUGCCCUUCAACAUCAGAGAAAGAGCUAUCUAAGUCAGCAGAUACAUUGUUUACUACAGAAGUCAUUCAAGACUCAAAUGAUGCCUGUGAUAAAAAAAAAAGUCCCUUAUCAGACAGUGGAUUUGAAACACGGAGUGAGAAAACACCCUCAGCCCUACAGAGUUCUGACAGCUUUGGCCCCACAGCUCCAUUUCAGGAAAUCUCACCUGUCAUUGCUGAAACCUUUACUGAAACUGUACAUGUCAUACGGCGUUACAAACCACGAGAGACCACCAAUGAGCAUGUGGUGGAUGAGGUUAAAAUGGCAAAUUCUCCACCCAAAUGCACUAACACAGGCUUCAGAUUACCUAGUGGCUCCAAAAAAGAUAAAGUAAAAAUCUUCCAAACCAGAUCCAGUCCUGAGGAACACAUAAUUUGUAAUGCCAUGCGACUUAAAGAGGAAACUCACAUAAAAACCACCACCCGAAUGUUGUAUAAACCGGCAAGUAAGGAGACAACCUCAGAGAGGUUUGAAGAGACCAUUACAAAAUCCUAUCAGUCUAGCCGAGAUCCAUCUAAAGGCCUAUUUGAACAUCACAGCAGCAAUGAAAGAUGGAAAGAAACACAUAAACCUCUGAGCAAAGACUCGAUGCCCAAAGUGGAACACAUUAUUAAAAUUCGCAUUGAAAAAGGAAAUACAACUGAACCUAGAGAGGUCAUUAUAAUGGAAACCAAAAACCACCCUGAGAAAGAAAUUUACAUUUAUCAAAGUAGCAACAGCAAAAACGAGUUUCAAAACAGAGAGGAAGUGGAGAAAGUGGUCAACCCUUUUUUACAGGAGGAUGAUGUCACCACCACUGUCCAAUUAAUCACAAAAGACUUUUACAAGACUCUAAAAUUACAAAGACCACACUCAAUGGAGUACCAUGAAGAAGAUUCAUCAGUUAUGAGAAAAGAGUCAAAUAAAAUUACAGAUAAAAAGCGAUUCUCUGAGAAAUUUGACUCUCCUUAUUCUGAUUUAGAUGAACCUUUGACUGAAAGAUCUCAUUAUUAUGACAUUAAAACCCAUGGUGACUCAGUGAGAUAUGCCAUGCUUAACCCAGAUAAAUCAGAUAGUGCCCUAGAAGAAAAUAAAACCUGUGAUAACAUAUCACUACUUAAGUAUGCCUCAGCUGACGACAGGCAGAUAAGUACAGAGAAAUAUAGAUUUGAGGACAAAAUAGAUAAAACUGUCAAGGAAGCUGAGGAAAAGCUUACGGAAGUCUCAUUAUUUUUCCGGGAUAAAUCUGAGAAACUAAAGGAUGAGCUUCAGAUCCCUGAGAAGAAAAUUCAUAGGCUAAAUAUUAGAGAAUCUCAGUCUAUGCCCAGUUCUCCCUGCAGCAGCCCAGAGAAAACAGUAUUAAAGAAUGGUGGUGGAGAACACUGGAGCAGAGAGAGGCUUAGAGACAAAUAUGGUCCUUAUGAUAGGAAGUGUACCAGCCUUCCAAGUAGCCCAGAGGGGUCUGUUUUACUUCAGUACAGUGAUGACAACAGAAAACAAGAGGACUACUUCUUAGCAAGUAUUACAAGUAAAUCCUCUAAAUGUUUCCAGCCAUCAACAUCUAAGGUCAGCUCAGUUCGUAUGAAAUUUGAAGCUGAGGCUAAAAAGCAAGACAAAGUGCCUAAAUGUGGUCAAACAUCUAGUGUAGUAGUCAACAAGCUGCAGGAAACUAAAUUACCCAUCUGCCAAGUGUUUGAUGGAGGAAAUUUUCAAAAUCCAAAAUGUUCAAAGGAAAUUCUUGAAAGUGAAGGGCAAAGAUCUAAUGUCCAAAAGGGUCACUCACUUAAGGUGUGUGAAAACACCACAUCCAAUCACCAAAAAAUAUUAUACAGUGAAGAUAAGGUUGAGAAAACUUGGGAAAGUCAUGGCAAUGGACAUGAUUUAUCGCAGAUAUCAAAUAUAGUUGAAACAAACAAUUUGGUCGACAGUGAAGGAAGAGAUAAGUUAGCCAAAGAACAAUCAACCAAAAAGAUCAUAUAUACAGAGCUCCAGAUUCAGGAAGGCCCUUUGAGUACUGAAAAAUAUAAUGGUUCUCUAAAUAGAAAAUCAGAAUUACAUACUCCUAUUAGGAUUUCCUCUGGUUUUGUAGACCAUAAUACAAGUACACUAAAGCUAGAUUUAUCUGUUAAACCUGAUGGCACAGAGUCACAAAUAUCACCAUCAGCUAGAAGCAAGUAUUGUAGUAAUGAUGCAAAAAAUUCAUCUAGUGAAUUGUCACUCGGAAGAAUUAACUUAGUUUGCAAUGGUGUUGACAGUAAACAAACUGGAAAUACGGAGAGAAUUGCUUCAAGUGUGACAGCAGAAAUUAAACCUUUACCAGUAUAUGUCAGCAUUCCAGUUGGCAAGCAGUAUGAGAAAGAGACAGCCAAUGAACAACCUAGCACAUGCAAAAACGUUGUUAGCCAUUCAAGCAAAACAAUGCAUGAGGCAAGUCAAGUCUUUUAUACAGUCAGACAGCAACCUUUAGCCCAGGGGAGCACAAAGGAUGACACACUAGAGCACGUCAUCUUUAUUGACAGUUCUGGAAAAAAUCCAGAGGCUAACUUUGGCUUAAAGUCCAGAAUAACAGACUCUGCAAUUAAUUCUGUGGCAGAGGUGCAUUGCCAAAUUAAAGAGGAUAAAGAGGACCAACCUGUGACUUUCACUUUCAGGGAAGUAUCAGCAGAGAAGGCCAAAGCUGCUACUCCAUCAGAAUUCUCCAAAGGAAACUAUGAGUCACCUGGAAAAAGAGCUAAAGGCAAACAGUUAGUGCACUUUGAGUUUCCACCACUUCCACCCCAAGACGCACAACAAUCUGAGCAGAUGGAAUUUAAGAACGGCUCACCACCUUCUAAACCAGACACAGAGAUGAUAGAGGUGAAUCUGCAAGAGGAGCAUGACAGGCAUCUAUUUUCAGAGCCUGUAAUUCAAAUCCAUCCACCAUCUCCUCUUCCACCUGGGGCAGACAACACUGAUUCUAGUGAUGAUGAAUCUGUCAUUGAUCCUAUUCCUCUCAAGAAGAGCAGCUUAAAAAUGCAUCAGAAUAAUAAAAAGAUUGUCAAGCUUAGUGACCCAGACAAAGAUGACUGCCCUCACAAAGAGUCACAAAGUCUAAAUAUUAAGGGAGAUGAUGAGGAUGAGCAAAAUGCAAAUGACCAUUCAGUUUCUGACUGCUCUAUAGCAACAACAGCUGAGUUUUCCCAUGACACUGAUGCCACAGAGAUAGACUCUCUGGAUGGAUAUGACCUGCAGGAUGAGGAUGAUGGGUUGGGUGAUACCAAAACUUUAAGCCUUUCAAAUGAGGUAAAGACACUCAAUCACUUUCCCACUAACCAAAACAAAACAGAGGGUGGAAAAGAGAGCACCCCAAAUGAGGAAAGUGAAAAGACAACACCUAAAAUCAAUUUUUGCAAAGAAUCUGAAAAUGUUAAAGAUCCAGGCAAGAUCUACUCUUUGGAGGGAAGACACCCCGAUAGACAAGAGUUUGCAGAUAGCUAUUUCAGCUACAAACUUGAGGAAGAAAUGCCUUCUACAUUUAAAACUGUUGCCACAAAAGGCUUGGACUUUGAUCCAUGGUCAAACAAAGGAGGAGAAGAAGAGGUGUUUGAGUUUAAAAGCAAAGAAGAAGAUCCAAAACCUUUUGGUUUGGUGGUGGAGGACAAAUCCCAAGCUACUACACCAGACACAACUCCAGCUCGAACACCUACCGAUGACAGCACCCCAACUAGUGAACCUAACCCCUUUCCCUUCCACGAGGGCAAGAUGUUUGAGAUGACCCGAAGUGGUGCUAUUGACAUGAGCAAGCGGGACUUUGUUGAAGAGAGGCUCCAAUUUUUUCAGAUUGGUGAGCAUACUGAAAAUAGGAAGUCAUGGGACAAGGGAAUAGUGGGAAAGUCUAGGGGAAGAUCUGUAGUGGGGAGGAUAGAUGCUACCACAAACAUUACACCAUCCAGAAACCAUUUUAGUCAGAGCAACAGUGCCUGCCAGGAUGCAUCAUCAUGCACUGAUAUUGUAAAUGAAACCACCUCUUGCACUAUUACCACCUCCAAGGUCAAUUCUAAAUUUCACAUCCCAAUAAAGAUGGGAAUUGCAGCAUCCAUAAGCAUUAAGAAAGAUUCUGCUGAAUGGACUAAUUUUAGACCAGAUUCCACAGCAAGUCAAGUGCUGGUGAAUGAUGAUCUGGAGACCCACGUAAACUACAGUCAGUUUGGUAGCACAUGCUCUGAUUCUCCAUCUGACAGGAAUGAUUCAGAGAACUCCAAUAACAACAAUAACUUAGAAGCUUCCAGUGUCCAGGCCAAUUACAACCAUGGUGGUAGCAUAAUGUUUAAUCUCCAGCCACCCCCAGAACCCAUCCUGCAACAAGCCAAUAAGAUAGAAGCUCAUUUCUGUACGACAUCCUUGGAGUUAGUAGAGGACAAAUCCAAUAUUGGGACUCUUCACUUUAAAAAAGAUUUACAGCUAAAAUGUCAGCCUAAGUCUAGGCUUCCUGUUAAGACUACAGGAUUUAUUUUUCAAAAACCUAAUUCAGUGAAACAAAGCUCACAGCAUGUUGUUAAACCUGAGACCAGAAAAUUUGAUGAUGUUAGUAUGGAGCCCAAAUCUAGAAUUCCUGUCAAACGUAUCAAAAGUAAUGGUGCAGUCAGCUCUGUUGUAGGGCAUAAUUUACUAAGGCAGGAAAGGAAGUUUAAAAAGAAAACGAGAAAAGUAGUUUCAUACCAGGUGCCAAAGAGAGAUGGGUCAUCAGCGACUAAAAACAUUUGUACAGAUGAGGCAGACAAAACCAAGCUAAGUGGGCAAUCCAUUAAGUUCUUACAGAGCUUUAGUAUGGAAACAGCAAAUGUGAUGGACCAUCUUUCAGACAAGGAGAAACAGACGCAGGCAGAGCAGUCGGAGGAGGACAACAACACAUCACGAUGUACCUCCAUAUCGGACCACUCCCAGUCCCAGCCCUCCCUCUCUGAUGGGUCCUUCCAGGGGGUCACACCCAUAAGGUCAAAGGUCACAAGGUCUUCGGGCAGUGAGAGGAGAUCUAGAAGGACAGGAGGAGGGAAGGAGGGCAAUAGGGGCACUGGGGUUUGCGGGUUGCCCCCCAUCGCGGAGAUCAAGCCUAGUCCACAAAGCCCAUGUGAGAGAACAGACCUUCGAAUGGCUAUUGUGGCUGAUCAUCUGGGACUUAGCUGGACUGAGCUUGCACGAGAAAUGAACUUCUCAGUGGAUGAGAUCAAUCACAUUCGCACAGAGAACCCAAACUCCCUCACUGCCCAGAGUUUCAUGCUAAUGAAGAAAUGGGUGAGCAGGGAUGGAAAAAAUGCAACCACGGAUGCUCUGACUACAGUGUUGACCAAAGUGAACCGGAUGGAUAUUGUGACUCUUCUGGAAGGGCCCAUAUUUGACUAUGGUAACAUUUCAGGCACCAGAAGUUUUGCAGAUGAUAGCGCUGUGGAGAAAGCAGAUGGCUUGCUUGCUGAGAACUCCAACAUCAAUGCUGAUCCAACCAAUGCAGGGCGGGGCCUGGACCAGCAAGAAAACUGUCAGAAGAACUCAAACGACUUUAAAAAAUCAUCACCCAGGCGGAAUUCUGAGCAGAAUGGCAAGCAGUUUAAUGCCCCAUGCCAGAACGCAGCAACAUGGGAAUCUUUCAAUGAGGUCGAAAGAGAGGCAUUAGUAGAGAAGAAGACCCUGGAACACAAAGUAAGUGAAGAAGUGCCUAAGAUGAAAAGGAAAGAGAAAUGGAGUCCAGAUAUAUAGUCCAAAUAUAGCAAAGGUGAGCUAUUCACACCUGAGCUGAAAUUUUCAUCAGGAGUUGAUUACAUGUAUUUUUCUGCCUGUUCCCAGAGGGUGGGGCAGGACCAGACAAGAUUGAUUCAGAAGAAAUUAAGCUUUUGGAAAACAACAUAUACACCUUUUACAUGCACAGUUCUAUGACAGCUCACCAGAACCAUACAACUCUUGCAUGAACAUGACACCAUUUGCUGCCUUUCUGUUGUCUCACCAAAUAAUAGAAAGUCUAUUAGGAUUUUAUUUCAUAUUUUGGAUUAUGAAUUCUAUUUCCUAUUCAUUUCUGGCUCUAAAAGGCCUAAACACAGGCUUAAAGUAAAUUCUUCUGUGCUGUUUGUAGCAAAGAGGCUGAACACACAAGCACAAAUUCCAGUCACUACAAAAGAGCAAAAAUCUGGUUUUCCAGGCCUUAUAGGAGGCCAUAUUUUACUUUCUUUCUUUUUUUAUUCCUGCCUGUAUUUUCCAUUACAUGCAAUCAAGGAAAUAUGUAGAGCAAAACCAGAAAGAAAACAUUCUUCACAUAAAUAGACAUUAUGUAACAUUAUUUAACAUUAUAAUAAAAUCCUUGGAUAAAGAUUCAGCAAAAAAAUUUUAAGUAAUAUAAUAAUAUCUGGUUUGUACAUUGAAACUCAUUCAUUUAAUUUUUAAAUAUGCAAGUAAUUUUGUUUACUAUUUCUGCUUUUCUUUUUUUUCAAGGUUGGAGGAAAAUGCUUUACCUAAAUUAAGCAAUCUAUUUCGCCUGUGUACCUACCAUCUAAAAGAACAGUAAAAAAAAAAAAAAACUGGCUUGUGCUAUUUAGUUUACUGUAUAAGAGUGUAUUAAUAUAUAUGCUAUCCGUUUACUCCAUGUUUUCAUUAUUAUUAUUAAUGGGUUUAUUGGAUGGGUUUUCCAUAACACUGCUGUACAAAAUCUAUUUUUCACAUAAAAUUAUAUAAUUUUUUUAAUGAUAAACACAAAUAUUUUGUUUGAGGUUUUGGGGACUGUCUUUCUUUAUAAAUAUGAGACGAUAUUGAACCUCCAGUGAAUUAUUAAUGCAUGUAUUGCAAAAAUAAUGGACAGAUAUUAAUUACUUUCAACAUAAAAUAUCACUGUUAGUGUAGAGACUGUACUAUGUACUUUGUUAAUUUUUGUUUCAGUGGAUAAACUUCUCUUUGGUAAAGCAAGUUUAAAAUAUAGUAGUUGUUCCUUUGAUAGUGUAUAAACUACUCAUGCUGAUGGACUAAAAGAAGUCAUUGUAACCAAAUGUCUGCUUGCCACUUAACUGUAGGCAGGUUUUGGGCAAGUUUAUGACGUUUAUUCUGUUUAAUAAAAAGUUUCCAAUUGAUUAACCUUUUUACUGCAAAAUGCUUUUAAAAAUGUGUGAAGCUAUUAAACUACUUUAGCACUUGAGUUAUAAAAGUGCUGUCUGUUAGAAACUAGCAGCUUUAAUGCUUCUAAUGUCUCAAAAGUAUUACCUUGAUAAAUAAAUAAAGACUUUUUGCAAACUUA